CUUAUCACACACACUCACUCUCUUUGUCUCUCCUUUUCUCUUCACAUCUUUCUAAUUUUUUUCUCAUGGCCUCCCAAGUUGCAGGAUAUACCGUACUUCAAAGUACCAACUUGAACUUUAGUGUCGAUGAAGCCAUCGUCCAAGCAAACCGUUCGGGAACGUUUCUUGCUGAAAUGUUGCGAAUGCUCGAACCUCAACAAGUCAAGUCGAAUGAAACCGUUAAAGACACAUAUAACGAGUGCCUUAAACUCAGAGAAUUCAUGUCGGAAAAGCUGUGGGCUGUGUCAGAUAAUGAGCGCAUCACAUCGAUGCAAGCUUCAGUCGAAUCACUCCAAACAGUUUGCACUCAGUACGAAGCUUUAAAAAAGUGUGCCGAUGACGAAGAAGGAGAUUGGUAAGGAAAGAAAUGAAACUUAUAUGCAGCUCGCCCCAUCUGACACUGCACUUGAUGUAUGUUGCUGUAGGGAAUUCGUCGAUAUUGCCAAAUACAAUGCUUGAUUAUCCCUACUUUUCUACUUAAUUAGCUCCAUCUCCUGUAUAGUCUACCUUCUCCAAACACACACGUCCCCUCUCUAAAGAAUCAUUUCGUAUGAAAGAACACGCUUUCUCUUAAAACCUUAAAUUUCUUGGUUGCUGUGCGCAUGUGUGCUGUGUCACCUUGACCUCUACUACCGGACAUUCACAAUUCCGAGGAAAAUCAGCUUA